AAUAUAACAGCUUGGUUUCAAUCCUGAAGGUAAAAACUAUGACGGUUUCUAAACUAGGUUGAAACUAUCAGUCGAUCAAUGCUCGAUUUUGAACCUUAUUGCCUAUGUCACUUUGUCUUUUUGGCAGGUUAUCAUUGUUCAUUAUCAGUUAACCUAAAACUGAUUGUAAAAUUGUAUAAUUGAUAAUUUAUGAAAUAAAAGAUAAAAAUAUAAAAGACAAGACAGCAUUAUCGAAUUUGUAUGCUUGUCGCAUUACAAUGGUGCUGCAAAGAUAUUUGCUUAGUGCAACAAGACAGUUUACAAGGAGAAGAUUACAAGACUCAUGUAGACAAACGUUUUGCGAACUUCGUUACUCUUCAUCUGCUGGAAGGAAGUACACAGAUCGACAUGAAUGGGUGGUUGUUGACAAGAAUAUCGGUACAGUAGGUAUAAGUAACUAUGCACAAGAAUCUCUCGGAGACAUAGUCUUCGCGCAACUACCUGACCCUGGCAGUGAAAUAAAAGCAGGAGACGAAUGUGGGGCUUUAGAAAGUGUUAAAGCGGCAAGUGAAAUAUAUUCACCAGUUACUGGUACAAUAACAGAGAAGAACAGUGAAGUUGAAAAUAAACCAGGUCUGAUAAACACAUCAUGUUUUGAAAAAGGAUGGCUCUUCAAAUUGAAAUUAACGAAACCAGAGGAAUUAAAUGAAUUAAUGAAUGAAGAGCAAUAUGAAAAGUUCCUUAAAAGUGAUGCGGAAACUGACCAUUAAUUAUUUUUAAGUUGUUGAUUUUUUUUGUUAUAAUCUUUAGUUGUUAUGAAAAGAUAUAUGAUGUAGAAAUCUCA